AUGUCAGACACGGAGGAGGUCACCGAGGAGUAUGAGCAGGAGCAGGAAGAGGAGUGCGUGGAGGAAGAAGAGGAAGAAUGGAUAGAGGAAGAUGACGGUCAGGAGGAGCAGGUAGAGGAGGUGGAGGAGGAGACCACAGAAGCCAAGGCAGAAGAGCAAGAAGAUGAAACGAAAGCAGCAGGAGAAGGUGGAGAGGGAGAGCGGGAGCAGGAGCCCGGGGAAGGGGAAUCGAAGCCAAAACCCAAAGUCUUCAUGCCCAACCUGGUGCCCCCCAAGAUCCCAGAUGGCGAGAGACUGGAUUUUGAUGACAUUCACCGCAAGCGCAUGGAGAAGGACCUGAAUGAGCUGCAGGCCCUCAUUGAAGCCCACUUUGAGAGCAGGAAGAAGGAGGAAGAGGAGCUGCUGUCCCUCAAGGACAGGAUUGAGCAGCGGCGAGCGGAGCGGGCGGAGCAGCAGCGGAUCCGCAGCGAGCGGGAGAAGGAGCGCCAGGCCCGCAUGGCCGAGGAAAGAGCCCGCAAGGAGGAGGAGGAGGCACGGAAGAGGGCGGAGGAGGAAGCGCGGAAGAAGAAGGCGUUCUCCAACAUGCUGCACUUUGGGGGAUACAUGCAGAAGUCAGAGAAAAAGGGUGGCAAGAAGCAAACAGAGCGGGAAAAGAAGAAGAAGAUCCUCAGUGAGCGACGGAAGCCCCUGAACAUCGACCACCUCAGUGAGGACAAGCUGAGGGACAAGGCCAAGGAGCUGUGGCAGAACAUCCAUGACCUGGAGGCUGAGAAAUUUGACCUGCAGGAGAAGUUCAAGCGGCAGAAAUACGAGAUCAAUGUUCUUCGAAACCGCAUCAGUGACCACCAGAAAGUCAAAGGAUCCAAGGGUGCCCGUGGGAAGACCAUGGUGGGCAGCCGAAGGAAGUAG